AAGGAAGUGAAAGAAAAAGAAAAGAAGCAAUGACAAACUUCAGCAAUGGAGUCCACGUUCUAAUGAUCCCAUUCCCAGCAUCGGGACAUAUUUUUCCCCUUAUGGAUUUAGCCCACCAAAUCCUCCUUCGUGGCUUAACAGUGACGAUCAUGGUCACACCCAAAAACCUUCAUUAUCUCAACUCGCUCCUCUCUUUACAUUCUUCUUCCAAUCUUCAAACCUUGGUCCUUCCUUUCCCUUCCCACUCUUCAAUCCCUCAUGGUGUCGAAAACAUGCAAGACGUUGACAUAUCUUUUGUCCCAGAUUUUGCUGCUGCCUUGAGUAAGCUCCAAGAUCCUUUAGUUAACUGGUUUGAAAAUCAUGUUUUGCCUCCUACCGCCAUUGUUUCCGACAUGUUGCUUUGUUCUUGGACUCCUUUGUUAGCUUCCCGUCUUGGGGUCCCGAAUGUAUGUUUCGUCGUCACCAAUGCUCAUGCAGUGUCUUCUUGGUGGGUGAAUGAUCUUGAUUCCAUGCCUGAUUGUUAUAGGAAACUGCAUCUCGGUUGUAUUCAGAGCUGGGCUUUGGUCUUCAACUCGUUUAAUGAGAUAGACAAUCAAAAGCUGAAGCUCAUAAAAGAAGAAUUAACCGAACACGACCGUUUAUGGGCUGUUGGUCCUUUGCUCCCCAUUAAAGGUAGACUAAGUUCCAUUGGGGAAGAACAAUAUCAAGUUAUGUCGUGGCUUGAUUCUUGUAAGAAAGUUGACAAAUCAGUGGUAUAUGUCGCAUUUGGAACACAGAUAACAUUGACGAAGCAACAAAUGGAGGCAGUCGCUUCAGCGUUAGAAGAAAGUAUGGUUCGUUUCAUUUGGGUUGUAAAGGAACCAAUGAAAGGACUGGGAAUUGUUGAUGAUGAUGAUCGAAACGUGGUUCCACCAGGGUUCGAAGAUCGUGUUGCAGAGAGGGGUGUUGUGAUCAAAGGCUGGGCACCCCAAUUGGCUAUCCUUGGCCACCCUGCCGUUGGUUCGUAUUUGACUCAUUGUGGGUGGAAUUCUGCACUUGAAGGCAUCUUUGCCGGGGUUCUAUUGCUUGCAUGGCCCAUGCAAGCUGAUCAUUUCCAUAAUACCGCGCUGUUGGUUGAUGAAUUAGGAGUUGCGGUUCGAGUUUGUGAGGGUUUAGAGACUGUCCCUGAUGCAUCCAAACUGGCUCGAACCUUGUCUGGUUCCUUGACCAUGAACAUGCCUGAGAGGAUUCGGACCAAGAAGUUAAGGAAGACUGCAGUGGACUCCAUUAGAGAAGGUGGAAGUUCUUAUAAGGCUUUAGAUGGCCUUGUGGAACAACUAUCUUCUCUCAGUAAUAGGGAGGAAAAGUAAUAAGAUGAACCCUGAACUGUGAACUUUAAUUAAAUAAAAAAUUUCCACCAUAUAUAUUGUUUUAUGUGUGAAAACUAGUUUUUAUAUUGAAAAAAAAAUCUAAAUUGUUGAUUGAGUAUUAAUUCGAUUGAUGUCGGCAUUGUUGUCAAUGCAGGAGAUGUAGGUUCGAGUGUGCUGAAGCGCAUUAUGCUCCUAUUUAAG